UUUGUGACACAUUGAACAACACGACAAAAAAAUAAAAUUGCUUACAUUUUUAAUUUCACUUUCGCAAAUUAUCAAUUACCAUUCGUAUUUAAUUUAUAAGAAAAUAUUAAAAUACUCUAUUUAAAAACAUGGUGUUUGUGAAAAGUUGGGAGGAUUUUGAGAUAGCAGCCGAGAAUAUGUACAUGGCCAAUCCAGCGGCGUGUCGUUAUACCAUGAAAUAUAUUCACACCAAGGGACACAUACUGCUCAAGAUGACCGACAAUGUGAAGUGCAUACAAUAUAAGGCUGAAAAUAUGCCCGACUUGAAGAAAAUCGAAAAGUUUUCCGGCAACCUUAUGGGUCACAUGGCAUCCAAGGAAUAAUGUUGAUUUGCAGGCACUGUCAUCAGUAAUGUAACUAAGAAAGGAUACAUGUGAUUGGAUCUUCAUGUUUCAUACGGGAAGAUAGUUAGGAAGACAUUUCGUUUAUAAGGGGUUGGAUUUGGGCACAGAGUAGAAGUGUAAAUAUCAUUUUGGUUUAAAUAACAUUUUAAAAAUGUUAGCUCUGUUUACCACUCCUCCCCCACACCUCACCACUAUAGCAUGCUAUUUGGAAUUCAUGUAUUUUUUUAUUCGUUAUCAUUUAAGAGAUACUAUCUACAUAUAUAUAGAUCUAGGAAUCAAGAACAACUACAAGAAAAACAACAACAGCUUUGUGAAUUAAAAAAAAACGGGCUACAGAGAAACAUUUAUUUUAAAUCACUUUAAUGAUAAAACAACAACAAUAUAGCACUACGCCAGAGAAAUGUUAAUUGUACAACAUUUCUAUGAAAUGAUUUUUUUAAGUUUUUACUGGAAAAGAAGAAUAAAUGAAAUUGUGUAUAGACUA